AUGCUAGCUCUAAAGCCAACCCAGCCAACAUCUGCCUUUUCUUCCUCUUCCUCCUCCUCUUCUUCGUCUAUCACUUCAUUCCUUAUCCACCUCCCUAUCAUGAUGCUAAUUGCGAUCACCGUCACAACCAUCAUCGUCUUUUUCACCGUCACCUUCCUUGCCUGUCCCUCGAUCCUACGCCUUGCCUCUACACAGCGCGCCUCAACCAGAUAUACCCUGGGAGACCUCACAUACAACCUACCUAACACUCAACCUAGACCAAGAACUUCAGAACCGCCCCCGCCGAGUCUAACACCCUUAGCCCUCUAUCCCAAGAUGCCAACCCGCCGUGACCCCUUCAUCAUGCUUCAGCUCCUCGAAGCCAAGGCAAGCCUGGAGGCCUUGCUGAUGGAACUUGAAGCCGAGUGGAUGCGGGGACAUCACAGCAAAACCUGUCUUAAUCGAAGAGACAUCCUCAACAAUCUCCUGGUGAUCAUUAGUCGUGAGAUAGACGUGCGGCAGAAAGUGCCCCCUGGACUUCCCAAGCUCUAG